CUGCCGUCAACUAUUCAGCAGCGCAAUAUGCAGAAACUGCGAACAACGAACGGAAGGCAAGUCCGGACGCUUCUGCGUCAGGAGAAUGACGAGUACACAUGCUUGGCAACUGUUAUCCCUACAUCAUCCACCUCUGAAGCAACGGCUUCGGCUGAAGCUGUCAUCCCUACUGGGCCACAUGAUGACGAUGCGAAUUAUCUUCUUUCUGCUUGUGGUGCGGAAGCGGAUGCGACUCCAUCUCACUGGUGGGAAACUCCAGGCUCUUUUCCAAACGAAAUCACUGCAAGCGGCCACGUGAGGCUUCCGACGAAUCCACUACAGACCGGGAUUGAUGAUGAGAGCAAUAACACACAACGUAUCUUGUGGCUGCUUGCCAGCAAAAAGAAUAUCACGGUUGUGCUUGACGUCGGAGCUCUGGUGUUAGACUUGUCGGCGCUAGAUUUCUGCCAACAGUGGCUACGGCUACGACCGGAUACGCGUGGGGUAGUAUUUUUCGACAAAUCGAAUACGAUACAGGUGCUUCUUCCCAGAGAAGGGAAAUCUUCUACACAACGCCAACAGUGCGACACUCGUAAUUUGACGGACGGCGGUCAAAGAAACCACAGUGGUUCAUCAGCCACUCAGCAAUCGUAUUUUAGUGUCCCAACUCGAAU